AUUAUUUAAUUUAAUGAAUUUAUGAAUUUUAUUUUUAUCGAUUUUUUUUUUUGGGCGCAAUUAUCUUUUUUGUUUAUUUUCGUUCCUAAUUAGGUAAAUAUUUUUCACAACCCAUUACGAUUAUUGGUGAUGUUUGUUUUUAACUCUUGAUACUUUCACAAAACAUAGAAACAAGAAACAUGUAAAACUUGAUAGAAAUCACAAACUUUACAUCUUACGGAUAAAACUGAGUAGAUCAUCUUUUGAUAGUUGGAACAAACAUAGUGAUUGUGAACACAAUGGAUGAUACACUGAGUUCCAUACGGAGGAGUACCCCCAAUCCAGACAACUGGCAUAGAGACGAUCAAGAUAUUACUUUAAAUCAAGAAACACAACCUGGAAAGACUUUUAAUCAUGAUACAUCCAUCAACUCACUGAUACUAGAAUCAACUAUAAUUAACUCACAAGAAUACAGACAAGGAAUUGAUAAAGAAUUCAAUCAUAUAGCUAACAAUAUCAAUCGAACUAUUCAAGAAUUAGAUACGAUAUACGAUGUUAUUGGAUAUUCCAUGACUGAUAUCUCAUCUAAGAAAGCAGAAAUAUUUACUGUUAUUGAAGAUAGUAUAUUGAAUUUCACAUCUAGUCUUCAACGAGAGAAAUCAAACAUAGAAAAUGAAUGUGAGUGGUUAAGACAACAGAUUCGAAUCAUCUUAGCCAUGAUAAAUGAUAGUAAAGGAGAAAAGAGAUUAGCAUUGAUACAAAGAGGAUUAGUUUUCAAUAAUCCGGGACAAUAUGAAGAAGGAUAUAAAGAAGAGAUACUAAAGAAAUUAGGUCAAUUACAAAAUAAAAAGACCAGUUUCUAUGUGACUUCACCAUUUAACGUUUCAGGACUCAAUGACGACGACGAGGAUGAUACUUUGUCAUAUGAACAACAAUGUGAAUACAUGUUGAAGAAUAUUCCUCCUUUAUCAUUAUUACAAUUAAAAAGUAAAUUAAAUUUAAUAUUCCUUGAUAUAUUGAAAGCAUUUGUUAAUCUAUUUAAGAAAUUAAAUGAAUUGAAUAUUAAAUAUAUUGCAAAUAAAGAAUCCAUAGGUGAAUUUAGUACCUCUCCAAAUCACUUACCAUUACUUCAAUCAUUACCAUCAAAAGAAAAUGCAUUCCAACACUGUGAACUUAUAGAGAAUUUCGAAUUAAUACUAAAACGGUUAAAUCUUCUUAAAAGUACUCCCAACCCUAAAAUACCUAACAGAAAUGAUGACCAAGAAGCUUUCAUAAUAUCAAGUCCAAGAAAGGCGAAACUAGAAGCAAGUACGGAAACUAAGGAAGUGCCCAUGGAUGACAGUGAAAAUGGAAAUAUGAAUGCCUUAAGAGAUAUUAACUAUCAGAUGGUGCGAGCUAUCAGAAGCUUGAAAUUCACAAAGAUAACACCAGAGAUUCUAUCUAUAAUCCAACAAGAAAUUGAAGCUGGUAAUAAGGAAGUUGCUACCCGAUCUCAACAGAUUGUUGAACUCACUAAUAAAUGCUUCCAAUAUAUUCAAAUACUUCAUCUUACCGACGAUCAAUUAAUUCAAAUUCAAAAGAAUCACGAAAAAGUCCCUGAAACCAAAUCAAACGAAGGAUAUUUUGACCUAGAGACAUUAAGAUUGAUUCAAUCAGACCCAUGUCAAUUCGGAUUGAAUGAUGCCCAUAUUUUAUACUUUGAAAACUUUGUAAAAGCAUUGGAAAAGGUUAAAAUUGCCAAACAAAAGAAAUUCGACAACUAUGUUGAAUCAUGUCAAGUCUUAUGGAAUAAAUUAGGUGAAAGUGCUGACUAUGUUGAAGCAUUCUUAAGAGCUAAUAGUGUAUUGACUGAUAUAUCAUUAUUAAAUUUCAAGAUGGAGUUAAAUAAAUUAUUCCUAAAAAGAUCAGAGUUCAUUGAUAGUUUUAUUUCUGAUGCUAGAAUUGAAAUUGAAAUGCUUUGGGAUAAGAUGUUCUAUUCAAAGACCCAAAGAGUAGAAUUCAGAUUCUACAAUUAUGAUUCCAACGAUGAUACAUAUGAUAAAGAAAUGGUGUUAAAUGAACAUGAAGAAGAACUUCAGAAAUUGAAAUCUACUUAUAAAUCGAUGGAACCAAUUUUAUCGUAUUUUGAUGAAUUAAACGAACUCAUUCAAGAUAAAACUUUCUUAAAAGAAUCCUCAAUGGAUUCAUCAAGAUUGUUAAGUAAGAACUCGUGUAAGAUUUUGUUAAAUGAAGAAAAGAUAAGGAAAAAGAUCAAUAAGAACAUGCCUAGACUUAUUAAGAGCUUAAAGGAUGAAGUCAUUCUGUUUAAUAAUGUGGCAUUAGCUGAAGGUAAGAGACCUCUUCAAUUCAAUGGAGAAGACUUUUUUGAAAAGUUAUUACUUAUUGAAUCAGAACAAAGUCAAUCAGCUAGAAACUCACGAGUAGGAGGAGGUGUGACAAGAUCGGUCAGAUCUCCACCUAAGAAAACGGUUCAAUCGGCUAGAACUUCACCAUUGAAAUCAACCCGAUCACCAACAACUAUGUCUGCUAAAUACAGUAGUAUGCCUAGAGAAUUCACUGCACCAGGUAGUAGAAAGUCACCGUUAUCAUCUGGUUUAGAUCAUCAGCAUCCUAUUAGAAAAGCUGCGUUACCUAACAGAAAUAGAUCUGAGAGAACCUUCAACAAUCCUACUACCGUGAAAUUAACUAAUGCCAUCAAUACCAGUAUUAAUUCAUCAAUCUCAAGUGCAGACAGUCCACUCAGAAACUAUAGUAAUCAUAAUUACCACCCCAAAGCAUCUGGAUUCCAAAAUACUCAUCUUCAACCAUUAAGUGUACCAUUAGUAGCCACAUCUCCAAGACGUCCUGACAUUUAUGAAGAUGCUUUGGCUGAUUCAACCCACAGUAUCAAUUUAUCCAAUAUCUCUAAAGGUUCACCUUUGAAAACUAGCAUGGGAGUUGCCAAUUCAUCUAAUAUUCUCCCAUAUAAGGCCAACUUUUCACCACUCAAUCGUGUCAUACCAGAAAUGAAAGAAAAUGAUUCAUCGCCAUAUGAUUUCUCACCAGUAAGUAUUCAAAAUAAAACCCGAUUUUUCAGUGGCGGCAAUACUGAAACUAAUAGUACUUCAACCCUUCAUCCCAACAAUAGGAGGAUAAGUAUUGCUACUUGCGAUACUUCGACUUUCAUAGGUGAUGAUUAUCAAACAUGGAGAGAUGAAAAGAUAAAACAAAUAAAUACGUUAGAUUAAUGACUUUUAAUUCUUUAUAUAUUUGUAUAUGUAUUGUAUUAUUAA